CAUCAUGGCGCUGGCACGUGCAGCGCGACACACAACCGCAGUAAAGGCCGCGACCUCACAGCGACUGGUUGCCAUUCGUGCACGCAACACCGCGUCUCGCGCCAGCCUGCCCGCCUUUAUCACUGCUCCUUCCACCUCCAGCAUCACUGCUGGUAGCAUCGCAUCACCUACCACGAGCAGCAGCCGGAGGUUCAGUCGGGACAUCUCCGCGAUGGCGACUAACGGGAACGGAGCUUCUGGCGCGGAGCUCGCCACUUUCGCGCUUGGCUGAUUCUGGCACCCGGUGAGCAAGGUCGCGGUCCGUGGUUUCAGGCUCUUGCCCACUCGGCGUGGAUUUCUGGCAGGUUUUCUGCUCUGGGUUGUUUUGGGCCACGGUCGGUUUCCGCAAUGUAGGAACUGUAAAUCAACCAUAGUCGCUGGAAUCAGGGCUGAGCUGCUCUUUGAUGCCUGAGGCUUCGUUCGCGAAGCUUCCCGGUGUGGUGAAGACUCGCGUGGGCUACACGGGCGGCAGCCGCCCCAACCCCACCUACGAGUCUGUGUGCGCUGGCGACGGCCACACAGAGGCGAUGCGGGUCUGGUUUGACCCUGCCAUCAUCUCGUACGAGGACCUGCUCAAGCAAUUCUUCCGGGAGCACGACCCCACCCAGAAGUCCAAAUGCCAGUACAAGUCGGCUGUGUGGUACCAUAGCGAGGCGCAGCGCACCGCCCUGGCCGCCGUGAUGAAGGAGCUGGAGGGCAAGUACCGCGUGCGGCUGGCCACCACUGUGGACCCCGCCGGGGACUGGUGGGACGCGGAGGAGUACCACCAGAAAUACAUUGAGAAGUCCAUGAUGCGCCGUGGCUCUGCGGGCUGGUGGUGAGCGGGUGUCGCCCCGCCAGGCCUGACCAGCUGAAGAGGGAAGCGAGGCGGAGGCGAGCGGGUGGCGUGUCGGCUGUAAGGGUGACGAGCCCCGUGCAGGUUGCGAUGCCGGGGUCGGUUUGGCGGGUGUGUGUGAUUUCCUAGAUCCGCGCUGAAAAGUAUGAUGUGCGCGGCCCUCACGGCGUCACCCCGCGUGGCGCAAGGGCCAGCACUGAAGGAACACGAGGCGGGGGCUGCAGGCAGGAAGGGAGCGAUACAGCUGUUGGCUCGCACUUCCCCUUCCUCUGCGGCUCACGCUGCGCGGCGCACACACCCGGAUCAAGCCCAUCAUGCAGCAUGACACGGCGCACUCGCAGUUUAUUCUGUUGGUUUUGAUGCGUGCGUGCGUAUGGCAUUCAUGUUUCGCGUUGGUUUUGUGUUGCUGGUACUACAUGAGGCCAUUGGCCAUCGUGUGUGGUGUUCGAAGAUUGAGGCUGUCUGUGACCCCGCUUGCUCGUCAACUCGUGAAUCCCUGGUGGGUUCGUGUGGCGAUGGUGCGUUGGUGUGGGAAGGCGGCGAUGAGACGAGAGCGCCUCAGGCGCAGCCUGUCAGUGGGACGCCGCUCGCUGACGAGGGCCAUGGGCUGUAACCAAGGAAGCAA